GUUAAGAGAUUUGAUUCGCUGUCGGAGCAUGUGGCACCGAGACACUGAGGAGGCGGUCUGCCAUGAAGAUAGAUAGACAUCAGUUUAAUAUCGCCGACCUGCUUCAUACCGGAAAAACUUACAAUGAGUCCAAAGAAUCAAGCAGUCAAUGGCAAGGCUUCCCAUAACACCGAGAGGGAAUUUGGAGGAACCUUAGGUGCCGUUUGCAUUCCCAUCUUUCUGCCCUUAACGGUGCUUUUCUUGGUCUGCGUGAGUCGAUCUCCUGAGGCAGCUGUACUCCAGUGGCCUCCGCCUCUCCCCACUAUUGACCAGCUCUGGGACCCCCUGGCGGCUCUCACCAUGCUGAGCUGGAUAUCUUUGCAUGCUGUCCUCUAUUUGUUGCCAUUUGGAAAGGUCUCUGAGGGAUUAGUGCUGCGGGAUGGAGCACGCCUCAAGUACCCAAUAAACGGUUUCCACAGCCUGUGCAUCAGUGGUGUGCUGCUGAUUUUGCUUCUGAUGCUCAAGGCUCCUAUGGGGCGUUUGUACGAGCUGACGUUGCCUCUGGCUGCGUGUGCAAUAGGAGUCUCCUUCAUGCUCUCCGUCUACCUGUACUUUCGUUCCUUUUUGGCUCCUCCUCAUGCUCUGGCAUUAGGGGGCACCACAGGAAAUCCCCUCUAUGACUUCUUUAUUGGACGGGAGCUCAACCCACGUAUUGGUCAUUUUGACCUGAAGUUUUUCUGUGAGCUCAGACCAGGACUGAUUGGCUGGGUGGUCAUAAACCUCGGCAUGCUGAUGAAAGAAGUGGAACUUCAGGGUUCCCCCUCGCUUGCCAUGAUUCUCGUCAAUAGUUUUCAGCUGCUGUAUGUGGCUGACGCUCUGUGGAAUGAGGAAGCUGUUCUGACUACGAUGGACAUUGUGCAUGACGGUUUCGGCUUCAUGCUGGUCUUUGGUGACCUGGCCUGGGUACCCUUCACAUACGGCUUGCAGGCGGCCUUUUUGGUCCUACAUCCUCAGGUUUUAAGUCCCCUAGGAGCAGCAGCAAUAAUAACGCUGAAUGGUAUUGGAUAUUAUAUAUUCAGGAAAUCCAACUCACAGAAGAAUCAGUUUAGAAGAAAUCCUGCACAUCCAAGUGUUGCGAGGCUGGAGACCAUCGCCACAGCAACCGGGAAGCGUUUGCUGGUGUCUGGCUGGUGGGGGCUUGUUCGCCAUCCUAAUUACUUGGGUGAUCUCCUCAUGGCCUUGGCAUGGUCUCUGCCUUGUGGUUUCUCACAUCUUCUGCCUUACUUCUACAUGAUAUAUUUCACCGUCUUGCUGAUCCACCGCGAGGCCCGUGACGAGAGACAUUGUCGAGCCAAAUAUGGACUUGCAUGGGAGACAUACUGUCGACAUGUCCCCUACAGGAUCCUCCCUUAUAUUUACUAAAAGGUAAAGAAGCCUGCAAGGGGACAGAACUGUCCAAUGGGGACUUUGUAAGUUUUUCAGUUCACAUUCACACCUUUACAGAAAAUUGCUGUCCAGUCACAGUAGGAUUUUCUAUCCAGACAUAACUGAUUCUUUUGUCAUCUUUGUUAUUUUGAAGGCCAAAAAGAUAGAAAUAUUAACUGCUUUUGAAAUGCUCCUUGCUUUUAAUAGACAAUAUAAGAACUCUCAAAUUAUUUUUUAAAAAAUCAGAUUAAUCACACUAUUUUAAUUUGGAUAAUUAUGAUUAAUCACAGGUUAUUACUCACUUGCAUUAUUUCAAUUAACCUAAAAGAAAUAAAACAUGAUUUUAAAAAAGCAAUAAUGAUAAAAUAAAAAAAACAUUUUUUUCAUUGAACAAACAAAAAUAAAUAAAUAAAUACAAUUACAAAAAAAAAAAUAUGGACACAAAUGCAUUUUUAUUGUCAGAAUGUCAUCCAGGAACAUUUUCAAAAAUGUUUUACUUGAAUACAUGUCAUUUAUUUGCUAAAAACUUUGUAACUGUUUUAUCUGAAGUCCACUCAGGGUUUAUUUUGAAGUAAAAUUUGCCAUUGAGCACACAAUUAGUCCGAGUCUCCUCACUCAUCUUUGCAUGUGUGCAUUGACCUGUACAACAACCUUUCAGGUAAAAUCUGCGGUUAAGGUAAAGGAGCGCGUUCAGUAAAAAUGAAUUGCGGGAUCAAUCUGCAUAUACACGUGAUUAAUGUGAUAAUUGUUUUGUGAUUAAUCACAUGAGUUAUAGUGUAAUUUUUGACAGCCCUAGAAAACAUGUCUAGUUUUGAUGCAACUGUUUCUUUUGCAACAUCCAUGCUAAUCUCAUUGUAUCACUUAGGUCAGGUUUAAAACAUUUUUUUGACUGACCAUUUUGAGACCAAUUUGAUGUUGUAUUCAAUUUUACUACAGUCCUGUAUAAAUAUUUGUACAUUUUGAGUACCUCGAAGAUAGGAAAACAUAAUAUGAGUAAAGCCUAUUUAUCAUUUGAUAGCGGCAGUCCUUAUGUUGUUGAAAAUUAUUAUCUUUGUAAGGUACUUGACUCAAAAUAACCCCUAAAAAAAUAAAAGUUCAUGUUUAAUUUGUUAACCGUGACCGGACAUUUGUUUGAUUUACAGCCGUGUUUUAUUCACUGACAUUUGCAUUGGAUUGAAGAAAAAGAAAAAAUGCAUUUGAUUUCCCCUUGCUGAGUGCAAACCACAUUGUUCUUGAACUGUAAACAUUAUUUCUGUCACAUGCAACAAGUUGUGCAUAUAGAGGUGAGAGUGUACCCUGUUGAUGGACACUCUCAUUUGUCACCUUCAUGCACCCACUUAAGUACUCAUUGCCUCUGGCUUCGCCCACGCCGCACUCAAGCUAUUUUGUGCUGUUUUUCAUAUGCAGUGUGCUAAUGACAAACGGGCUGGGAUGCCAUGCCUACGUUGUGUCUGUAAAAUAACUUGAAAGAUACAUUAGCGUCAUACAUGGGCAUGUGCAGAUAAGGACACACAUGCAGAAUAUAUUAUUCUGAUCUUUUUGGACAGCCUAUUGUGGCAUUAUGAUUAUACUGUUAAUCAUAACGGGAGUGGAAUUUAUACUGUUGUAUU